AUGGGGGACUGCUUCAACUGCUGCGCCCAGGACCAAGGCUGCUGCAGUGAGGAUUGCUGCUGCCAGCCCAAUGGCUGCUGCCAGCCCAAUGGCUGCUGUGGCUGCUGCGGCUGCUGUGCUGCCUGCUGUGCCUGCUGCAGUAACACCACUGAUUGUGGAGGAGGAGGAGGCUGCUGCGGGGGCUGCCAGGGCUGCGGGGGCGCCGGGGGAUCCGGGGGCUGCUGUGGAGGCGGCUGCUGUGGCCCCUGUUGUGGCAACAACGGGUGCUGCGGCAACAACGGGUGCUGCGGCCCUGUGUGCUGCCAGCCCGCACCGGUAUGCGACACCAAAUGA